GAGGUCAUAUGUACAUAUUAUCUCAAUUUCAUGAGGUAAUAUGCGCAUACCACCCCAUGCUACUAUAGGCCUUUCAUAUUACAGCACACUAUUAUAGUAACAACAACAUUCUAUUCACUUUUAAAUUUGAUAUAACCAUUUAUCAAUUUGUAAGUCGCUCUGGGUAAGAGCGUCUGCUAAAUGACUUAAAUGUAAAUGUAAAUAUUAAGGAAAGGUGAGGAGGGGAGGGGAGGAAACAAAUACUGUUGAGAUGCAGCACAUAAGUGUCCUCCAAGUUGUUACAGUUGCCGAGUUGAACUUGCAACUGUUGCAAUAAUUAAUUAUAGAGGAAUUCUCUAUGGGAAUCGUCUGCAUUACGAGGUCUAAGAUAUAGGCCCAAUUCUGUGGUCUGUACUGCGUCUAGGUCUAUUAAUGCGGCACGUUCCCGUUUUAGCUGUUUUUAUAACGUAGUGCUAUUUCGUUAGCCUAGGCUACUUUACAUUUUGUUAUACAGAAAACGAAAGUAGAAUUGCUCAGGUUGACCGAUUCACUUCGCGGACGCAUUGCUGUACAGGAUGUCGGUGGCGUUCUUUGGCUGGGACGUGGUGUACGAUGACGAAUCCCUGGUGUUGGAACUGGGGGCGGAGCAGGAGCCUCAAAAGGGGGGUGCCUACACUAUGUACCAUGGCACCAAUGUCCAGACUGCUCGGCUCAUCAUCACCAAUGGUUUCCGCCAGUCCCCUGAUGGCAUGCUAGGCCCAGGUGUGUACGUGAGCCGCAACAAGUGCAAGGCCAAGCGCUACCCGCUAAAAGCCAAUGCCUCCGACCGUGUGGUGCUGCAGCUGCGUGUCAAUGCUGGCCGCGUGAAACGCAUCGACAAAGACAACCACCCUAUGCAGAAGAGCUGGAACGCAGCGGGGUACGACACGGCAUGGGUGCCCCCCAACUGUGGCAUGCUCUCCGUGCCCAGUGGCCUGGAGGAGGAUUGUGUGUUUGACCCCCAGCGUGUCGAGGUCACCGGCAUCGCCAUUGCACCCAACCCCACCAUCCUGGCUGAGCUAAAGCAGCUGGUAUCACAGAAGCAGGCUAGGGCUGGAAGGGGUGGAGACAGGCAGGUUGCGGUGGCUGGGGGUGUGUGUACCCUGUGCAGGAGGAAGACCACGCCAUAUCACACACACACGCUGCACCCGUGCUGGGGCUGCGGACAGAACAUCUGCACCCUCAUGACCAAACACACCUGCUCUGCCAGCGCCUAACGGUG